ACUAAUUAGACAGUAAAUAAUUUGUAAUGUUUACUGUUUUAUAAAAAAACGUUGAAUUAAUUUCAUAAAAUGGCAGUGUGUGCUGCAAUAGUAGGCAAGGAUAAUUCCCCAAAAUUUUUCUGUUGUGUUAACCCAGAUGAAGAACUGGCUUUUCAGUUUAAAGUGCUUUCUUCACUGGAUAUAAUUGAAGAAAAGCUCAAUCCAACAAACAAAUCUGCCAGUGAUAACAGAGAAUUAUAUCUGGGACAGUUGUAUUCGUUGGAAACCUGCAAAAUCUAUGGUUAUGUGACAAACACAAAAAUCAAAUUCAUUAUAGUGGUUGAUUCAACAAACAUGGCUCUAAGGGAUAAUGAAAUAAGAUCCAUGUUCAGGAGAAUGCACUCAGAGUAUGCAGAUAUGGUAAGCAACCCAUUUUACAUUCCUGGCGAAGCAAUUACAUCUAAGAUGUUUGAUGCCAAUAUAAAAAGCAUUAUUACAGGAACCGUUUAAUUUACUUUUCAUUUUAAUGAAAUGAAAUAAUUACAUAAUUUAUAUGUAUUAAAUGUUAAUGAUUAAAAUAUAUGCUGUUUUUCUGUUCAGUUUUAAUUCAAUAUUGUGAUGUUCUUCAUCAUUUUUUUUAUCUAAUUUUGGGACGAACAUUAGUUUGUUAUUUUAUUUUUUAUGUCAAAUAAAUGGGUUGAAAAGACCUAGUAAUAAA